AUGGCUGUCUCCCGCUUCUGCGCGCUGCUGCCCGGCGCGCUCCUCGCGCUGGUGCUCCUCUCCGCCGCGUCGCUCCCGUCCCCCGCUUCCGCCUUCCGCGGGCGGAUGCUCCAGACCCCCGCGCCCGCGCCCGCGCCAUCGGGAGACGAGUCCGGCGUCCUUCCCGUGGAGACCAUCCCGUCCCCGUGGCCCGCCACCAACGCUUCAAUGGAUGCCGCCGCGAUCGCCGCGACCAUCGAUCCGAACGUAAACGACACGUAUCCUGCCGUCCUCGAUCCGAUCACGCAGCCGGCUCCCCCGCCGUAUGUGGCGCUGAAUCAGUUCAUGGAUCCCGCGGAUAUCGGAUCGGCGUUGGAUCAGAUCGACGCGCGCGCCGUCGCGUACUCGUCUACGCUUGAGGAUACGAGCCUGCCGGCUGAUGCGCCUGCUGAGGUGGCGAACUGGACCAACACGCUCGCUACUGAUCCCGGAUACGCCUCAUACCCUUACAAGAAGCCCCGGUACCACCCGGUGUACGGGCUUGCGGUGAAGAAGCCCAACGGCAAGUGGUACACCUACAUCAACAACAACCUGCAGUGGCCGGGCGUCGAUGACUGGGCCACCGGCUUCAAGACCUGCCGUUUCACCCAGCCCGACCCUGUCUAUGGCUUUAACUGCACUGAGGAUGCGACCUGCCCCGGAUGCCCCUACUGCCGCGCGCAGCAGUGCUUCUUCAACCGCCACUGGCCCACCUACCGCAACCCCCAGACUGAUGGGUCUAUCCCCGGGCAGAUGUACUGGCAGCGUCUCAUUGAUGCUGCCAUUAACCCUAAGAGGUAUGGCCCGACGCGGUGUUUGGCGCGCGAGAUUACCGUCGUUUCCGCGCGCAUUGGCAACAUGUGGCGGGGGCGGAAGGCGCCUGCGGAAAAGCGCGCGAAGGAGGCGGAAAGCAGCGACGGCGAGACGGAGGCGAGUCGCGAUGCGGAGAGUGACGCGGACGACAGCGGAAGUGACAGCGGAAGUGAAGACGGGAGUAACGGGAACGAGAUAGUAGACGGGGAUAAGGGGAAUAAACAGCGCGCGAGAGUGGCCCGGGACGAGGAACCGUCCAAUGGGAAGCGCGGGUUAGACGCCAGUGAUGCAGCGACACGUGGCAAGAAUUCCAGCCCCAGCGCGGUGCGGCUGCCUUGGCUGACGUGGCUUGCUCUGACUGGCUCGUAUCUCGUGGCGCUAAUUCUCGCCUUCAGUGUUCUCCGCGCAACCCUCCCCGCGCAUAAGGACCCGCUCGCCCCGUGCAAAAUCCCGCCUUCCGCCAAUGCGGAAAGUUUUGAGACGACUUCCGCUAACGCCUCCGCAAUUUCCGCCGCUGCUGACGGGAGCGAACUGGCGAACGCGACGCGAUGGACUAAUGCCACGUGUCCUGUCCCGUGGCACCCAGCCGUGGACGCGCUGACGUGGCGGUGGUCCCCGCUAGCGGCGGCGGCGGCCGUGCUAGGGUUCAUGAUCUGCGCGCUGCGCGCAUUGGGGAGCGAAUUGGCGGAACUUAACGCGCUGGAGGAGCGCCUCCGCGCACUAGAAGGGGGAGGGGGCGGGCGCGGGGGAAGGCUGGGGAAAGGCGGAGCGGAGGGGGAAGAGGGCGGAAGCGGACGGGGGAGGGGUGCGGAGGGGAUUGGAGGGGUGUCAGGUUCGGAUGGAGGUUCGGAGGGAGGUUCGGACGGAAGGGCGGUGGUGACAGCUGGCAGCAAGCUGGCGGUAUCGGUGGGGCGAAGCUCUCUGUUGGGGAUUCUGGUGCACGAAAUAAGAGCACCGCUUAGAGGCGUGCUGGGUCUGCUGCAGCUGCUCCUCUCCUCCUCCCUCGACGAAUCGCAGCGCGACAUGCUGGCAGCCAUUCAGGCUACGGCGCGCCACGUCAUCCACGUCGCCAACAACGUCGUCGACAGCUGGCGCAUCGAGAACCAGAGCGCAGUGUUUGACCUGCGGUGUGUGGUGGAUGAAGUGGUGCUGCUGGUGGCGGGCGAGGCGCGGGAGAAAGGCGUUGAGCUGGCAGCACUGGUCAUGGACUCUGUGCCCACCGUGGUUGUGGGAGAUCCCCUCAGGCUGCGCCAGAUCCUCGCGAAUCUCAUGGCAGUGGCAGUGCGUCUCACCGACCGCGGUCACGUGUUUCUGGUGGUGUGCCUGGCACCGGAUGAUGAUGAGAUGAGGCGCAUGGCGGAUCCGAAUUCCGCUGACGAUACGGAAGCCCCCAGCCGUGAGGCCCAGGCAGUGGAAGCAGAGCGCAUAGCUCGAGGCCGUGCAAGCCAGGCCAAAGGGGAGAGCCUGACUUUGAGCGGGCGAGCAGCAGCGGACGGCAGCAACAGCUGGGAGAGCAUCUGCCGCAUGAUCCGCGAGCAGGAGGCACGGCUGAUGUGCACGUUGGAGGACACGGGGGUGGGACUGCCUGAUGCCGUCUUUGACGCUCUGGAGAAACCCUUCCAGCCGCUCUCCCUGCCGCUGCAGCAGCGCUUCGCCGCCGUCCCCCUGCUGCUGAACGUCGCUCAGAACCUAGUCCAAGCCAUGCACGGUCAACUGCUCGUCUACAGCCGUCCCGGCAUCGGCACCACAUUCACCUUUGAUCUCUCGCUUGCACAGCCGCCCACGGGGCCGGCCUCUAGCCUGCUGCCACGUGUCUUCCACGCGGGAUUCGGGCCAAUCCCGGACGAGCAGCAGGCGGAGAGCCUGGCGCUGCGGGGCAAGCUGAGAGGGCUGAGAUGCCUGGCUGUUGACGGGAGACCCGUGAGACAACAGGUGCUCGCCACAUGCAUGGCUCGCCUGGGUCUAGAGGUCGAUCUCUCAGACAGCGUCUCUGCUGCUGCGCUGGCGCUCAGGCACGAUGUCACCUCUCCUGCUGCUCCUGCUGCUGGUGCUGGCAUCGCAGCAGCCUCUCAACGCAAGAGCCGGUGGGAUGUGGUGGUGGUCGAUUUGGACAGUGACGGCCCUUCCACAGGCCUUGCAUUAGGCCGCAUGGUGCUGCAGCUGAGGGACCUGGAGGCACAGCAUCGCGCCACGGACCCUGUAGCCAUCACGCAAUCGCUGGCCUCGCUGGGCUGGGAGCAGCACUCCAAUCUUCCCCUUCUGGUUCUUGUCGCCAAGGACUCCAAUGAGGCGCUGAGGGAGGAGGCGCAGAAGCUGGGAUUCGCAGGCAUCAUCGUGAAACCACUCAGGGCUGCCGACAUGGCCACCACACUGCUUGAAGCGCUCUCCUUCAACCCGCGCGACACCAGCGCCACGGCAGCCAGGCGGCGUCAGAUUCUGCUGCGCUUAUGCCUCAAGGGCAAACACGUGAUGAUAGUGGAUCACAACUUCAUCAGUCGCAAGGCCGUGGCAGUCAUGCUCUCCCGCUUCGCCGAUGUGGCCCUCGCUCUCGGCUCUGCUAGCGAAGCCCUCGCGCGCCUGCAUGCUGCCCCCUCCCUCGCACUCUCUCAGGGGCAAGGGCAGGGGGAGGGGCAGGGGGAAGGGCAGGGGCAGGCGCAGGCGCUGGGGCAGAUCCGUGGCUCGGAGUUUCACCUGGUGCUUGUCAACCUGCGCCUUGCUGACAUGUCCGGCUUUGCAUUCACACAGGCUGUAAGGCGCAUUGAGGAGCAGCGCUAUAACGAGGAUGUGGUGCGCAUGGGGAGUGCGGCUCAGCACUCGCACAUCCCCAUCGUGGGACUGGUCAAUGACGCCCUGCCUGAACUGGUGGCCAAGUGGAAAGAGGCAGGUAUGGAUGGGAUGCUCUCAAACCCCAUUGACGAGGCUCAACUGCUAACUGUGGCCCAGGGUCGCGGCAGCAGGCGCGCCAAGGCUGAGGAUGAUGCCGUCGAAGAGAAGAGCGACGUGAAACGCGAGAAGGAAAACGGCGUUGUAAAUGGAAAGGGCGGCGGCAAACGUUUAAAGGAGAGCACCGCGGUCGAAGAAAACGGCGUCGUGAAAUGCGUAACAGAAAACGGCGAGGUGGGAGAAAAGGGCUCGGGCAAACGAUCAAAGGAGGCCGGCGCAACUGAAGAGAAGUCACGCACGAAGCGCGCCAAGGUGAACAACGGCCGCAGCGUCAGCCGCGUGGAGGCUCCACGUCAGCCCAAGGCAGAGAAAGGGGGAAAGAAGAAGCCUCCACUUCAUCCCAAGGAAGAGAAAGAGGCGAGUGGGAAGCCUUCAGGCCAGCUCAAGGGAACGGAAAAAGAGGCGAAGAAGGCGCCUGGGAAGGCGAGGAAGCGAGGCAAGGCGCCAGCGAUCGACGACGACAUGAUUCAAGUGAAGCAGGCUCCGCUCGCUGACUCAGCUAACCGUUUGUAUCCAGUAAGCACCCGCAUUUCCUCUCAUGGUAGCUUACCAAGUCAUCACUGUAUCGCCACUCUAUCCUCACUUGCGCAAACUGCCUCUGUCCUCCGUCCGAUCUGUGCAGAGGAAGUCGCGAUCGUGCUCACGCACCCGUCGGAUCCAGCAGCCGCUGCUGCGGCAGCGGCGGCGGAGAAGGGGCCAGUGCGGCAGCUGCUGGACUUCGUGUUUCACGACUCGGAGGGCGCGCUCGUGCCGCUCGACAGCUUCGACGCGCUGGCGGCGCGCGGGGAGGGGCUCUUCGCGACGGGCGUCAUUCUUCCCGAGACCGCCGCGCUGCGCCAUAUGGCGGGUUACAGGUGCGAGGCGUUCGGGCCCAUCGACGGGUGGUACAUCGACGGCUACGAGAAGGCGAACACAGCGGCGCGCAUCAUGAUCACCACGGACGCUGCCACGUACGUCUGCUGCCGCCCCGCCGCCAAGCAGAAGAAAGACUUCACAGCGCUGCAGGACAAGGCCAAUUUGUGCGUGGAGGUUUAUCGAGCCCUUUCCAAGCCGGACGGGGGCGACCCUACCAUUUCCUUGCCAGAGGUGGUGGCGCGCGUGUCCAGGGCGCUGGGGCGGCCGUGCAGGGACGAGCUGGUGGCGGCGCACGCGUUUGUGUUGCAGCAGCUGUGCGGGCUGGACAAGGACGCGGAUGAAGACGACCAGCUCUUCUCGGGACUGCCUGCACUUGAGUCGUUGAAAGAGGAGGGAGCGAAGCACGCAGCCGUCCGGAGCAUCGUGGAGGCCAGGCAAGCCAGCGCCAAGGAACACACGGGCAAGAAACCAGCUGCUACAAACGGAGCCCUCGUUAUAAGAGACACUGCUGGCGGCAGUGGCAGCAGCAGCAGGGCCGGCGGGGGAACAGCCGCGAGCAGCAACUGGGUGCUGGACGAGGACCAGCUGCGCUUCAUGCCGCUCCAGCUGUUGCUCAUGCUGCCCAUGCUGCCCCCUUUAUUGGUCUCUGCUGACCCCUGCCUGCCUCUUUCACCUUUUUCUCCUGUUUACUCCGUCUGCCGCUAUUGCACCCGGCGACCUGCCACGCCGCUGUCUGGACGACUAGGCUCUCUACGAGUACCAGCUGCUCUUCGUGCCGCUCCAGCUGCUGCCCAUGCUGCCCAUGUUGCCCCCUGCUCUGUCGCCACCCUCCUCACCGCUGUGCCCUCCUCACCGCUGUGCCCUCCUCACCGCUGUGCCCUCCUCACCGCUGUGCCCUCCUUACCGCUGUGCCCUCCUUACCGCUGUGCCCUCCUCACCGCUGUGCCCUCCUCUUCUCUCCCACUUCCACCCCCCAGCGUGGACGAGGAAACAGACGAGUUCCUCUUAUUUGACGACGCUGCCGCUCCGUUGCACCCCGACGACCUCCCUCGGCGCCGCCUGGACGACUGGGCUCUCUACGACGAUCAGCUGCGCUUCGUGCCUCUCGAGUUGCUGCCCAUGCUGCCGGGAGUGGCCGCCGACUCCCUCGUGUUCGGCUCUGGCGUUAUGAUGGAGGACGAUGGCAGCGGGUUUAGCCUGGACGAUCCUACUGUCGAAUCCGCUGGUACUACUCGCGGUGACGGCGGUGGUGCUGGUGGUUCUUCAGGUGGUGCUGGUGCUUCAGGGAGUGGUUCAGGUGCUUCAGGGAGUGGAUCCGGGUCGGGGUCUGAUCCUGCAGCAGCAGAUGGUGGUGGUGGUGGUAUCCGGGUGUACCUGAGCGCGAUUAAGGAGUGGAUGAUCGAAUUUGGGGCUGGGAUGCUUUUCGUGACCAUUCGAACGGAUGGGGCAUGGUACAGGCUUGGCCGCCCCUGUGCCGCCUAUGUCCCCUGGUACCGCCCAGUUCUGCGCACGGCCCGGCUGGCAAUCCAAGUCAUCGAGAUGCUGAGUGGCGAGUCCCGGGCGGCACGUUUGUCUUUUCUGGACGUUGUGACGAAGCUGGCGCAGGAGCGGGUGGCGGAGAAGCAGCAGAAGAGCGGAAAGGCGCCGGCGCGUGGGGACUUAGCUAAGAGUUUCGCUGAGAUGGAGCGGUUUUUAGUGGUGCACGGGAAUAUUAUUCUGCAGCAGUUUAGGGAGUACCCAGUAGAAACGAUCCGGAGGAGCCCCUUUAUAAGCACGCUGCGAGAAAAGAUGGAGACGCGGUCGCAUACAGAGCUAAAAGUUAGUAAGAAAAAGGCGGCUAUGAUUGUCGCAAACAGAGGUAGCAAUGGGCGUGGUGGGGGUGACGGUGGGAGUGCGAGAAACGCCAAUCCUGCUGCGGCUUUGAGGCCAGAUGCUAGUAAGAGGAAGCCUAUGCGUGCGACCACGACUCAGCUGGUCCACAGGAUCUGGAAGGAGUACUAUGAACGGUUCGGAUUGAAGCGGGAUGAGUGCGCGGAAGCAGAUAAGGAGGCUGGUGUGACCGAUAAGGGAAAAGCAGCUGCUGGUGGGACUGAGACGGAGAAGGCGAAGGAAGCUGCUGCAGGUGGGAGCAAAGCUGGUGGAAACAAGGCGAGAGCAGUAAAGGACUCCACUCAGGGCGUGACAUGGAUCGGCACAAGCACUGGCCGCACAGAGGAGGACCAUCCUGCAUACGCCUCAGCCUCAGUGUGGGGGCUGGAGGUCAGGGCAGGGAUCGUGGUGCUUGCAGCUGUGGCGGAGGGCGAGCAUGACGGGCACGAGGGGCGGUGGAGGGAGGAAGAGGAGAAACUGGUGCUUGUGGAUGAGCUGGCAUCAGUGACGCAUCGCAAGCAGCCAUGGGGAGCGGAACAUAGGCUCAGGAACAUGGAGGAACACGAGAGGGAGAGGGAGCGAAUGGAGAAGCUUUUCAACGAGACGGGGCAGCGCUCCUUCUUCUACCGCCUCCUCUACAACCCCUCCCGCGGCGGCUUUUUCGACCUGCCCAAGAGCCUGGGCAGCGGAACAGGCAGGUGUUGCUCGUGUGAUGAGGAUGCAGAGAGGGAUAGGAUGAUGGAAGUGCGGAGGCUUGGAGGCGGGAAGGCAGGGGAAGAGGAGAAGGUGGAGGAGGGAUUCGCUUACUUAGGGAAGGAGUUUCGGGUGCAGGACUUCGUGUUUUUGCAUCCGGCAGCAGUGGGGGAGGAGAGCGAGGGGAAGAAGGUUAAGAUAGCGAAAGGAGGGCGGAACAUUGGACUGCGCGCAUGGCCUAUCGGGCAGAUAGAAAGGUUUGUAGCUCCGACUGGCGGGGCGAAGGAGGUGCCCGAAAAGAUGGUGGUGAGGAGGUUUUUCCGCCCUGAAGAUGUGCCGAAUGAGGGUGAUGAGAUCGCGUAUACGGCACACAUCCGAGAGUUGCCCCCUGGGAUUCGUUUCGGCCCUUCCUCAGCAGCAUCAGCAUCACCAGUCAAGGAGAAGGGCAAGGGCAAGGGCAAGAGUGUUGCUACUGACGACGAUGCUGAUGCAGAAGCAGCAGAGGCAGCAGCUUCAGCUAGAGCCCGGGCGAAAGGCAAGGGGAAAGCAGCUGCGGAGGAGCCAGAGGAACCCACCAGCAAGGCUGCAGCUGGGGCGAAGCAGCAACAGGGGAAGCAGAGAGAUCUGGAAAAUCAGGAGAAUGCAGAGAAUCAGGAGGAAGGGCAGCAAGGGUGGGAAAAAGCAGCAAGGGCGGUGCAGCGGUCGGGCGCGUGUGAGACGCGGUGGGCCAUCGAGUAUGAGCACCCGGCUGCUGAGGCGUUUCAGAAGAACCACCCCGACGCUGCUGUCAUCUGCGCCAACUGCAACGUGGUGCUCAGGUGA